ACCCCACCCGCCGACUGUUUACGAAUCAGUUGGUGAUUUGGCGCAACGCUCAAAGAGCGCCAAGCCGGGCAAGCCACGCUCGGGCUACCCGAACUUGGGUUAGCAUCUACAAUUACGCACCUACACCGCGGUCAGUGAAGCCAAGAUUAGCCGAAGCAUCGAAUGAUUCUGUUUUUUGAAGACUUCUUUACCGUCAGUGACUAUCUCGGGACAUCAUGAUCAAAUUUCAAGGAUCUCCUGACCGUAAGGCCCUGAGUACCCUGUGCAAUAAUGUUUCAAACAUUCCUGUGUCGCCCACCGCCAACCUAAAACUUUUGACGAAAGUCGCAAGUGAGCUUGUAUCUCCAGUUAGUGUGAAAGUCCCCAACAGAGAUGUUCAGCUCAGAGAAGCUGACCCGAAAACAAGAAAGGAUAAAUCACUCGGGAUUUUGUGUGACAGGUUUCUAGCUAUGUUUCCACUGGAUCUUCCACCUGGCAGUCCAGUGAUGGAAAUUUGUUUGGAUCGUGUUGCUGAACAGUUGGGUAUUGUGAAGAGAAGAAUCUAUGAUAUUAUAAAUAUUUUGGAAAGUCUUCACAUGGCUUCAAAGGUGGCCAAAAAUAGAUACCACUGGCAUGGCUGCAGCAAUCUCCAAAAAACUCUAUCUAUUUUAAAAUCCAAGGCCAUUGACUGUGGUAUUGAUGAAAAACUGCAGGAAAUUCAAGCAAAGCAAAAAGGUGGAUUCCGUCUUGUAUCGGGACCAACCUGUUGCUGCUCAAGAGACUCGGCCCAUUUUGACAGCUCAUCAGUUAGUUCUGGUGGCGACACAUCGGACUCUAGAUCAGGAGAUGGCUUCUUCACUGAUGAACGUACACUUGGUGUUAUGUGCCUUAAAUUUAUUAUGCUGUUCCUGGCAUCCCCUCAGUCAAGUGCCAAAAUCAACUUGGAUCUAGCGACAAGGAUGCUUGUUAGUGAAGCCGCAGAUCCUGCAGAGAGGGGAGUUAAUGUGGAGUGUCACAAGGGAGCCUCUGACAAGCCAUGUGAGGCUGGCAGCAAGGUCUGCAAAUGCAUGUUAAGACUUAAAACCAAAGUACGACGGCUCUAUGACAUUGCCAAUGUUUUGACGUCCCUUGGGCUGGUUUCUAAGAUUGAAACUGCAGCGAAUUCUAUGAGGAAACCUGUAUUUGUUUAUACUGGACCAGUGGUGCGAAUGAAAGCUGGCCAGAGUAAUCAGUUGUUUAACUUCAAGAAUCUGUUCUCAUCAUCCUUUGAAGAUGAGGGAGUAGAAAAUAAAGUCAGCAUUAGUCAUAAGAGGAAGGAUACCAAAUUGAGAGGAGGUCCCCCUGAGAAGUUUCCCAGAGUAUCAAGUGAAUACAACCUGGAUCCAAGCUAUGGGAGAUGCGCAACUUCUCAAAAUGUGUCUGCCAGACAUGUGUCCCAGGAAUCAAACCACUCCCAGUAUCAAUGCUCCCUGGAUGAUAUCCUGCACGUUGCAGGCCAGGAGUUGGAGAAGAUCCGUUCUAAUGAGGAGCUAGUUGCUGCUCAAAAAGUUUCAAAUGCACGAAAGAAACUUUCGUUUUCACGCUGUCAUUCUGAUUCAUGCAUUCAACCUAAUGCUGCACCGCAAUCAGCUGUGCCCGAUAGACAAAAUUCUAAUCAUACUUUGUGUCCUGAAAAUGAGAAGGUUCCUGGGGAUGAACUUUCUCUGAUAAGCAAGAAAAGUGUUUGCAUUACUUUAACAGAUUCUAAGAGUAAAAGUUUUACAAUAACAAGGAAGCUAGUUGAAGUGCCUGUAAAUGCUAUGCCAAGGAAAGUUAUGAAGGAAUCUCCUCUUAAUCUUCGCAACAUAACUCCUAAACAAGCCCAAACUUUGAGUAAAUUAUUUGGACCCACUCAACAAAGUCAAGUGGGCGGAUCAAAAGCGGAUUCUCAAAUCCUUUUAACUUCUGCCAAAGCAGAUUUUAUUAACAAUAACAAGCCCAUUGUUCAAUCUGUUCCCAAUGUAAUGCUUAGCAGCUUGAAUAGAGCUAAUAUUGGGUCCCCAAACCAAGGUGCACUUUCUGCCCCAGUAGUUCCAGGCAAGUAUAGAGCCAUUAAAGUUGGAAAUGUUGUUCGUCUAGUCCCUUUUAUUCCCACAACUGUGGUAAAUAGUGUUGUGCGUAAGUAAGUGUUUUUUUUUUGUGUGUAAGUUGGGAAAAAUUUCAACUGACCAACGUUGUUGCAGCUGAGUGCUGAUUUGUUCAGUAGUUCGCAUGUAGUUAAAUAGUAGUGCAAUAUUAUGCGCUGGUCAAUAAUUUUAGAAAAUUGAUCUCUUUGUAGAGGUUAUAAAUCAAGCAAUGUAUGCUUUGUUGUUGCUCACAUUAUUAAUAUUGUUCCAUUGUUAUCAAAGAAAUCUUUAUGUGAGUUUUAAGUAACUAGUUUAUAUAGAUUAUGUUAAAAAUUUUAAAUGGCUGACAAAUUGGAUUUAUUUAUGGACAUCAAAAAUGAAGUUUUGUAUUACAAUGCAUUUAUGAAAUUUAUCUAUUGAAUUGUUAAAUAAAAUUAUAGUUUAUUGAUAA